CUUCGACCGGCCACUUCUCGACAACUAACCCCAGAUUCAGCACCCGCAUCUCGACAGCGUCUGUCAAGAUGAAGCUGAACAUCUCAUACCCCGGCAAUGGCACGCAGAAGCUGAUUGAGGUCGACGAUGAGCGUAAGCUCCGCGUCUUCAUGGACCGUCGCAUGGGUCAGGAAGUUCCUGGCGACACUGUCGGCGACGAGUUCAAGGGCUACAUCUUCAGAAUCACAGGCGGUAACGACAAGCAGGGCUUCCCGAUGAAGCAGGGUGUCAUGCACCCGACCCGUGUCUCGCUCCUCUUAGGAAAAGGCCACUCCUGCUACCGACCCCGUCGCACCGGCGAACGCAAGAGGAAGAGUGUUCGUGGUUGCAUUGUCGGCAUGGACCUCUCUGUCCUCGCUCUUAGCAUCGUCAAGCAGGGCGAUAGCGAGAUCCCCGGCCUGACCGACACCGUCCACCCCAAGCGAUUAGGUCCCAAAAGGGCCACGAAGAUCCGCCGCUUCUUCGGUCUCAGCAAGGAAGAUGAUGUACGCAAGUUCGUCAUCCGCCGUGAAGUCCAGCCAAAGGGCGAGGGCAAGAAGCCAUACACCAAGGCUCCAAAGAUCCAGCGUCUCGUCACUCCCCAGCGUCUUCAACACAAGCGUCACCGCGUUGCGCUCAAGCGCCGCCGUGCGGAGGCUUCCAAGGAUGCUGCUAAUGAGUACGCCCAGGUCCUCCACAAGCGCAUCAGCGAGGCCAAAUCCGCCCACGAGGAGGCCAGGAAGCGGAGGGCAUCUUCUAUGAGGCAUUAGGGCACUUUCGAGACGCGAGAAUGAGGUUCGACAAUGAUCAAUGAUCUACUAGCAUCCGUCGAAAAGAAGGUGUGGGUUAGUCAUUUCGGUAUGAAAACUCCGGGUUCUCUAAGCAUGGUCUCUCGUACCAAGGACUGCUCGGCGUGGCAGUUGUUUCCUGAAUAAAGCAAUUGCAUCAUAUUCCACGACCCGAAGUGUCUGUUGCUCAUCUUCCCCUGUGUCACCCCGAUCGAUCUCCGAGCUGCUACCUAGUUCCUCUUUCGGGAGUGUGAAUUGUUCUUCUCUUUAGUGCAAUCGUUUCGUGAGGGAUUUGAAGACCCCAUCUC